AUGUUUGGACUCCUGUUGGUCUCAGUGCUGGUGGCUGGAGUUUUAGGCUGUGGGGUCCCCACCUAUCAGCCCAAAGGAAGCAGGGUGGUUGGAGGUGAAGAUGCGGUACCCAACAGUUGGCCUUGGCAGGUCUCUCUUCAGUAUCUUUCCACUAGUGGGUGGAGACACACCUGUGGGGGAACCCUGAUAGCCAACAACUGGGUAAUGACUGCCGCUCACUGCAUCAGCUCUUCUCGAACCUACCAAGUGGUGCUUGGGAGACACAGCCUGUCCACUAACGAGGAAGGAUCCCUUACUGUCAGUGUUUCAAAGAGUGUGGUCCAUGAGGACUGGAACUCUAACAAGCUUUCCAAUGGGAAUGACAUCGCCCUGCUCAAACUGGCCAACUCUGUAUCUCUAACCGAUGAGAUUCAGCUGGGCUGCCUGCCUCCUGCUGGCACAAUCCUGCCCAACAAUUCUGUCUGCUAUGUCACAGGCUGGGGACGGCUGCAAACCAAUGGAGCUCUCCCAGAUAUCUUGCAGCAGGGUCGCUUGCUAGUGGUAGACUAUGCCACCUGUUCCCUCCCCAGCUGGUGGGGCAGCUCAGUGAAAACCAACAUGGUGUGUGCUGGUGGUGAUGGAGUGAUCUCCAGUUGCAAUGGAGACUCUGGUGGCCCACUGAACUGCCAGGCAGAUGAUGGGCACUGGGAAGUACAUGGCGUCGUGAGCUUCGGCUCAGCACUGGGCUGCAACUACUACCGCAAACCCUCUGUCUUCACCCGGGUCUCCAACUACAAUGCUUGGAUCAGUAAGGUGAUGAAAGAAAACUAAACACAGGAACCCUGGGAAAUGGACCCAAACCCUGGCAAGACUCUAAAGGCAAA